AUUUAAAUGAUUAGUUUGUGAUAUGAGAACGAAUUUGGAGAUGUCCGAUCAUGUGGAAAGUGAUAGAAAUAGCAUUGUUCCUGAUCGUCCUGUCAAUUUAGUACGUGAAUUGAGUGCUCGGUUUUAUGCGAGUGAGGUAAGUAAAUUUAUGGUAAUGCCCAUACUGUUUUAAAAGCAUGUUUUGAUUUGUUUUUGAAGUGGUGGCGGGACUAAGCCCGUUUUACAGAAGUAUAACUGAUUUGAAGUGAAAUGUUUUAUACUUUUCAUUAAAUUGAGCAUGCCUACUUGAAAUUUAAGUGACCGUCCUGAUGAUCUGAAAGUGAUUGUGAAUUAUGAUUUGCCUGUUAACUUCUACCUGUUUUGUCUCUGAUAUGGUCAUGUUAUUCAUGUGCCCGCUAGUGGGAGGUUUAUAAACGCUAGCACAUGUCGACAUGUUAGUGAAAGAGCCAGUUCAUUCAACCCUGCUAGUGGGGGUUAUACACCAGCAAAUCGUGUGUCCACCAGUGGGAGGUUUAUAAACGCUGGCCAUGACCUAUAGAGGAGACGUCUAUUUCGUGCCCGUACUGUAUCUGUUUUCGUGAUUGUACUUGUUGGCAUGCUAUAAGUUUAAUAAUGGGCACUCCAUAUUUACUUACUGAGUUUAUCUCAUAGUUUUCCUUGUCCACCAUUUCAGGAAGUGAAACCGAGGACGGGGAAACCACGGGAAGUGACGAGUUAGAAAGCUAGCCAUUUCGAGAUUGAUAUAGAUUCUAGAAAUCAUGAUCUUGUAAGCUAGAGUGUAUUUGGAGACUUAUGAUAUUAGAGCAAAUUAUGAAAUUUGAUCUUCAGAUUUUGAUGGUAUCAGAUUGUGGUGUGAUAAGUUUCGAGCCUUGUGCAUUUGUGGGAC